AACUUUUGGCCAGCCUCAGAGCCAUGCUAGACCUGCUUUAUUGCAGGUGUGCUAAUCAAUGUGUCCAGUUUUUUCACAUGCACCUACAGAGACUCUUACUGGCCAGUUGGCGUUUUCACAUCCACCUACAGAGACACUUACUGGCCAGUUGGCGUUUUCACUUGCACCUACAGGGACACUUACUGGCCAGCUGGCGUUUUCACAUCCACCUACAGAGACUCUUACUGGCCAGUUGGCAUUUUCACAUCCACCUACAGAGACUCUUACUGGCCAGUUGGCAUUUUCACAUCCACCUACAGAGACACUUACUGGCCAGUUGGAGUUUUCACAUCCACCUACAGAGACACUUACUGGCCAGUUGGCGUUUUCACAUCCACCUACAGAGACACUUACUGGCCAGUUGGAGUUUUCACAUCCACCUACAGAGACACUUACUGGCCAGUUGGCGUUUUCACAUCCACCUACAGAGACACUUACUGGCCAGUUGGAGUUUUCACAUCCACCUACAGAGACACUUACUGGCCAGUUGGCAUUUUCACAUCCACCUACAGAGACACUUACUGGCCAGUUGGCGUUUUCACAUCCACCUACAGAGACACUUACUGGCCAGUUGGAGUUUUCACAUCCACCUACAGAGACACUUACUGGCCAGUUGGCGUUUUCACAUCCACCUACAGAGACACUUACUGGCCAGUUGGCGUUUUCACAUCCACCUACAGAGACUCUUACUGGCCAGUUGGCGUUUUCACAUGCACCUACAGGGACACUUACUGGCCAGUUGGCGUUUUCACAUCCACCUACAGAGACACUUACUGGCCAGUUGGCGUUUUCACAUCCACCUACAGGGACACUUACUGGCCAGUUGGCGUUUUCACAUCCACCUACAGAGACACUUACUGGCCAGUUGGCGUUUUCACAUCCACCUACAGAGACACUUACUGGCCAGUUGGCGUUUUCACAUCCACCUACAGGGACACUUACUGGCCAGUUGGCGUUUUCACAUCCACCUACAGAGACACUUACUGGCCAGUUGGAGUUUUCACAUACACCUACAGGGAAACUUACUGGCCAGUUGGCGUUUUCACAUCCACCUACAGGGACACUUACUGGCCAGUUGGCGUUUUCACAUCCACCUACAGAGACACUUACUGGCCAGUUGGCGUUUUCACAUACACCUACCGGGACACUUACUGGCCAGUUGGCGUUUUCACAUGCACCUACAGAGACACUUACUGGCCAGUUGGCGUUUUCACAUACACCUACAGGGACACUUACUGGCCAGUUGGCAUUUUCACAUGCACCUACAGAGACACUUACUGGCCAGUUGGCGUUUUCACAUACACCUACAGAGACACUUACUGGCCAGUUGGCGUUUUCACAUACACCUACAGGGACACUUACUGGCCAGUUGGCAUUUUCACAUGCACCUACAGAGACACUUACUGGCCAGUUGGCGUUUUCACAUACACCUACAGGGACACUUACUGGCCAGUUGGCGUUUUCACAUACACCUACAGGGACACUUACUGGCCAGUUGGCGUUUUCACAUGCACCUACAGAGACACUUACUGGCCAGUUGGCGUUUUCACAUACACCUACAGGGACACUUACUGGCCAGUUGGCGUUUUCACAUGCACCUACAGAGACACUUACUGGCCAGUUGGAGUUUUCACAUACACCUACAGGGAAACUUACUGGCCAGUUGGCGUUUUCACAUACACCUACAGGGACACUUACUGGCCAGUUGGCGUUUUCACAUCCACCUACAGAGACACUUACUGGCCAGUUGGCGUUUUCACAUCCACCUACAGGGACACUUACUGGCCAGUUGGAGUUUUCACAUGCACCUACAGAGACACUUACUGGCCAGUUGGCGUUUUCACAUCCACCUACAGGGACACUUACUGGCCAGUUGGAGUUUUCACAUGCACCUACAGAGACACUUACUGGCCAGUUGGCGUUUUCACAUCCACCUACAGAGACACUUACUGGCCAGUUGGAGUUUUCACAUCCACCUACAGGGACACUUACUGGCCAGUUGGAGUUUUCACAUGCACCUACAGAGACUCUUACUGGCCAGUUGGCGUUUUCACAUCCACCUACAGGGACACUUACUGGCCAGUUGGCGUUUUCACAUACACCUACAGGGAAACUUACUGGCCAGUUGGAGUUUUCACAUGCACCUACAGAGGCUCUUACUGGCCAGUUGGCGUUUUCACAUGCACCUACAGAGACACUUACUGGCCAGUUGGCGUCUCCCGAAGGCAGAUGUGAAUAA